GUCAUGUUUGUAAUACCAGUAUCCCACACGCUACGGCAAGACCAUGAACGCAGCACGUGGUUGACGCCACACGCAGGAGGCGGAGCCAUGUGACGUCAGGGGGUGGAAGAAAACAGCAGAGCAGGAAUCAAAACAAGAGACGGGCACGCCUUCGUUCUUAAAGGUUAUAGCAGCUUAUUCCUCAAACCAGCUGCAAAAAUAAAAAGGGGAAGAAGAAAAAAACGAAUUGUGUCGUUCGAAAGAAUAGCAAAAACACAAAAAGAACCAGAAAAGGCGCCGUGAACGCACCACCGAAAAGUCCACUGCAGAAAUGGAGUCCAAAGAAAUGCCAGACAGCGCUGACAGGAGCCGCUGAUAGAGGUCGAAAUCGACGCCGACGGUCGUCCGAACCGAGUAAAAUGCCCAACCAGAAGAACAGCAAGGGGAAGAAGAGCAAACGCACGAACAGCAGCGGAGACGAGCAGGAAAAUGGAGCGUGCGCGGCGGCGGCGGCAGCAGCGGGAGGCGCGGCAGCGGCCGCCGCAGCACCCAGGACGGAGCGCUGCUCCUCCGGCGAGGUCCAGUGUGCCACCCCGCUGGGCUGCAGCCUGAGCCGCUCCGUCGACCUGGAGAAGGACGACCACCAGCGGGUGCUCUGCAACAACGAGCUCUGCCCGUACGGCAACUGGAUGCACCUGCAGUGCUUCUACGAGUGGGAGAGCUCCAUCCUCGUCCAGUUCAACUGCAUCGGCCGCGCCCGCUCCUGGAACGAGAAGCAGUGCCGGCAGAACAUGUGGACCAAGAAGGGCUACGACCUGGCCUUCAGGUUCUGCUCCUGCCGCUGCGGACAGGGUCACCUGAAGAAGGACACCGACUGGUACCAGGUGAAACGGAUGCAGGACGAGCGGAAGAAGAAGCCGUCGGAGAGGAGUAUGAGCCGGAGCGCGGCGAGCGGAGGGGCCGCCUGCUCCGGGGACGGACCUUUUGACGAGCCCAAGAAAAGCAAGCAAGUAGGAGGUAAAUUAGCUCACCAGGCGUCCAGUCAGGACAUGCCGCGCAGACAAUCAGUGGACCGACAGAACUCUACAGAGAGAGGAGCUGCAGGAGGAGGACUCUCCCCGCUCGGGCCUCCUCAGAAAUCUCCAUGCGUCUCUCCAGGACAAUCUCCUCCCACCGGUUUCACCUUCUCUCCCAUUCCUGCUCCGGCAUUAGCAGGUCUUCGUGGUUCCCGUCAGCUGGGUGAGUUCUUUAAAUCAGCCGUGCACUCGGACCCGCAGAGGAAAUACCUUCUGGCCGGGGGGGCUCUGAGUCGGGGAGGUGGCUGCUCCCUGGGAGGAGGAGGUACCGGCGGUGCAGCUGGCGGUCCUCACCUGGACCCCAGUUCCGUUCUUCCCCUGCAGCUCUCCUUCGCCCUUCACCACCGCAUCACCCCUGGGGGCGGAGGUGACGGCCCCCACCCUCACCCGGUGCAGUUCCUGAGGAGGCUGGACCUCUCGGAGCUCCUCACCCACGUCCCACGCCAUAAACUCAACACUUACCACGUUCGCAUGGAGGACGACGCCCAGGUGGGGCAGGGGGAGGAGCUGCGCAGGUUCAUCCUGUCUGCUCUCAGCGCGAGUCAGAGGAACGUGGUGAACUGUUCGCUUUGCCACCGCUCGCUGCCCGUCUUCGAACAGUUCCCCCUGGUGGACGGGACGUUGUUCCUGAGCCCCUCACGCCACGACGAGAUCGAGUACGACGUCCCCUGCCACCUUCAAGGUCGGCUGAUGCACCUUUAUGCCAUCUGUGUGGACUGUCUGGAAGGCGUCCACAAGAUCGUCUGCAUCAAAUGCAAGUCCCGUUGGGACGGGAGCUGGCACCAGCUGGGCACCAUGUACACCUACGAUAUACUGGCGGCCUCGCCCUGCUGUCAGGCCCGUCUCAACUGUAAACACUGCGGGAAGCCGGUGGUGGAUGUCCGGGUGGGGAUGCAGUAUUUCUCCGAGUACAGUAACGUCCAGCAGUGCCCUCACUGCGGCAACCUGGACUAUCACUUCGUUAAACCCUUCUCCUCUUACAAAGUCCUCGAGGCUUAUUGA